AUGGAUGCCACAGCCCUUCAUUAUGAAAACCAGAAGUUGGUGCAGCAAUUGGAAGCACAGAAGUCUGAAAUGCAUGUUUUGGAAGCUAAGUUCAAGGAGUUGAGGAAUGAACAAUCUUCUCAUGACAAUACUCUGAUUUCCCUGGAUAAGAUGUGGAAUCAGCUUGUUGAUGAUUUAAUCCUGCUUGGAGUUCGAUUUGGUGGCGGACUGAAUAAUUUGCCUGCACUUGACCAUGAAGAGUUGUCAGAAGAAUCCAUCGAGUCAUGUCCUUCUGAGGAAAUUUUUCUCUUCAUGCUCUUGAAGUCCAACAAUUAUGGAAAAAAGGGUGACAAUAGCUUGUUGGAAUUUGCUGAAGAAGCUCUUGCUUUGCGCCGUUCGGCCACUCUUGCUCUGAUGAGGUCCCUUCAAGAGGCUAUUGCUGCACAACAGGCUAGAAGUGAAUAUUUGUCAUCAGCUUUAAAUGCAGAGAAGUCAAAUGAAGAUGUUGUUGUUGCCCUUCAAAACCACAAUGAUCACUUGAAAGAGGUGGUUGGCAACGUCUGUGAAUCUAUUUCUAUCGUCAAUGAGAAGCAUAAAAGGUAUCUGAAUGAGAUUGAGGCUUUCAGAAGCAGCUACUCAAAAGAAUUGCAGGAAAUCAAGCAUCUUUCAGGAGAGCUAGAGGAAACCAUGGCGGAGCUUGAGGAAAGUCGACGGAAGUUGGUUAUUCUCCAGUUGCAGAGGCAUGGAGGUUCGCUAAUGAACAUGUCUGGUCCAAACGUUGUGGAUGGUGCUAUUUCGGCUGAUAAAUCUUCAGCCAAAAACAUGGGCUGGGGAGAUCUCAAAGAUGCUAUUGAAGAAGCUAAGCAUUCAUCUUAUCUUGCAGGAGACCGCCUGUUUGAACUCCAUGAGACUCAAGAGGAUAAUCUAAUACUGUCUAAGCAGUUAGAAGAUCUGCAGGGUCAAUUAAAAGACGAUAACCAUAUUUUCACAUCAAAACCAUAUACAAUUCUUAGCGAUCAGUUACAACAUCUGAAUGCUGAGAUAGAACGAUACAUGGGUUUGGUUGAAGUAUUACAGAAUGAUAAGAACCAGUUCUUGCAAAGGGAGAAAGAAAUGUGUGCAAAAGGAGAAUCCGUCGACAAUAUUAAACAAUCCAUUACCGCUUAUGAGGCCAAAAUCGAAGAACUGGAACAUCAGAUUCUAAAAUCCAUGGCUGAGAAGAAUGAUCUUGAGAUCAAAGUUGAGGAAUCAUCGCAGGAUUCAGGUAAAAAAGACUUCAAGGAUGAGAUUCAUGUCAUGGCUGCAGCACUCUCCAAAGAGAUGGAAAUGAUGGAGAAUCAAUUGAAUAGAUCAAAGGAUGCGGCUUCUGAAGCACUUACAUUACGUGAAGAAGCUGAAUCGUUGAGAACCUUGUUAGCUAAGAAGAUUGAGACGUUGGAAAAGGAAAAUCAGGAGUUGGAAUUUAUUGUGGAUAUGUAUGGGAAAGAAUGUUCCGAGUCGAGGACAAUUACAGAGAUCAAGGAAUCAGAAAAUCAAGCUCGCAAGCAGGCUGAAUAUUUGAGAACUAGUCUAGAAGAGCAUAGUCUUGAGCUUCGUGUAAAAGCAGCAAAUGAAGCCGAAACUGCAUGCCAGCGAAGGCUUUGCAUUGCUGAAGCAGAACUGGAAGAGUUAAGGACUGAUGUAGAUGCAUCUGAAAGCUACUUACUCCAGUUGCUGCUACUUGUUGAUUCAUAUAGUGUGGCCUUGCAGCACCUAGUAUCAGACAGCGUGAAGACAAAGCAAGCCUCUGCUUCCCUUCUCUCUGAAAAGCAUUUUUUACAGAAGCAACUCCGUCAGGUUAACAGUUCACUGGAGUCAUCUAAACAAAAACUCGCCCGUGGUGAAGAGCAGAUGAAAGCCUAUGUCGCACAAGCUAUAAAAACUUCUUCAGAGAAUAGGCAUCAUGCAGUUACCAUUGAAAAGACUCUGCUGGAGGUAUCUGAAGCAGAGAAGGAGCUCAAGUGGCUUCGGUCCGCUGUUGGAUCUUCUGAGAAAGAAUAUGAGCAAAACCAGAAAAAAAUAGCUGAGCUCAGAACGGAGUUGGAGCGUGAGAGAAGCGAGAAGAGAAAGCUCGAGGAAGAAUACGAGGAGGUGAAGAAUGAGGUCAUGAAGCUGACCUCCGAGAACGAAGAAGCUACUAUCCAGAAGCUCCAGGACGAGAUAAAAGACUGCAAGGCUAUUCUCAAGUGUGGCGUGUGCUUUGACCGGCCCAAAGAGGUUGUGAUCGCCAAAUGCUUCCAUCUGUUCUGCUCAACAUGUAUCCAGAGGAACCUCGAGCUACGCCACCGGAAGUGCCCGGGCUGCGGCACCCCUUUUGGGCAAAACGAUGUGCGAGAGGUGAAGAUCUGAAGUCAGCUGGGUUGGAUGACCUGGUA